UCUUUAAAACGCCCAGUUGCACCUUCCAGCUGACUCCCGCGCCCCAGGGCCUCUCCCGCGUCAGACCUCUGCUUCUCUGCGGACUCGGCCCCGCAGCUUUCUCGCGGACGAGACUACACUUCCCAGAGGUCUCUUCAUCAUCCGACUUGUCUUUCGCGCCGCGACCGGCGUCGGGGCAAAAACCUAAAGAAGCUCCGCCGGGCGGCGUGGGUGGGAGAGGCGCUGGGCGGACGGCGAGGCCCUUCUGCGCUCACGCACUCCGCAAUGGCUCGGAGGCAGGACGAACCGAGGGCGGCCGCGCCCUUGAUGGCGGAAGGCAAGUCCGAUGCGGAGGUUAAGCUCAUUCUGUACCACUGGACGCAUUCCUUCAGCUCUCAAAAGGUGCGCUUGGUAAUUGCUGAAAAGGCUUUGAAGUGCGAGGAACAUGAUGUAAGUCUGCCCCUGAGUGAGCACAAUGAGCCUUGGUUUAUGCGUUUGAACUCAACUGGAGAAGUGCCUGUCCUUAUCCACGGGGAAAACAUAAUUUGUGAGGCCACUCAGAUCAUUGAUUAUCUUGAACAGACUUUCCUGGAUGAAAGGACACCCAGGUUAAUGCCUGAUAAAGGAAGCAUGUAUUAUCCGCGAGUGCAACAUUACCGAGAGCUCCUUGACUCCUUGCCAAUGGAUGCCUAUACACAUGGCUGCAUUUUACACCCUGAGUUGACUGUGGACUCCAUGAUCCCAGCUUAUGCAACCACAAGGAUUCGCAGCCAAAUUGGUAACACAGAGUCUGAAUUAAAGAAACUUGCUGAAGAAAACCCUGAUUUACAAGAGGCAUACAUUGCCAAACAGAAGCGGCUUAAGUCAAAGCUGCUUGAUCAUGACAAUGUCAAAUACUUGAAGAAAAUUCUUGAUGAGUUGGAGAAGGUCUUGGAUCAGGUUGAAACUGAGUUACAAAGAAGAAAUGAAGAAACCCCAGAAGAGGGUCACCAGCCUUGGCUCUGCGGAGAAGCCUUCACCCUGGCAGAUGUCUCACUUGCUGUCACAUUGCAUCGACUGAAGUUCCUGGGGUUUGCAAGGAGAAAUUGGGGAAAUGGAAAGCGACCGAACUUGGAAACCUAUUAUGAGCGUGUCUUGAAGAGAAAAACAUUUAACAAGGUUUUAGGACAUGUCAACAAUAUAUUAAUCUCUGCAGUGCUGCCAACAGCAUUCCGGGUGGCCAAGAAAAGGGCCCCAAAAGUUCUUGGCACCACCCUUGUGGUUGGUUUGCUUGCAGGAAUGGGAUAUUUUGCUUUUAUGCUUUUCAGAAAGAGACUUGGCAGCAUGAUAUUAGCACUCAGACCCAGACCAAAUUACUUCUAGGCUUGUUGGGAUAUGGUGGUGGCAGCUCAUCCAACCAUUCAGAUAGACCCUUGUCCACUCUUAUAGACCCAGUGACGAAUUGUCCUGGGCAACUAGUAAAAAGCAUACUUUACUUUACUCUUUGAGUAGUCUGUGUGGGGAGAGGAGGUUAUAAAAAUAUUUUUGUAGGCUGGUAAGUGAGAUGACUUAUUUGCAAACCUAAAUUAAUCCAUUCUUAAGAUAAGUGAAAGGUUAAGAUAUGUCAAUACUGACAGGUAGAAAAUCGAUCUUAAAACCAAAAUGCCAGUUCAAGUUUUGAAUUAUUUUGGGGGAGAAGGUUAUUAUUAUGAGCAGACAGUAAUAAUAGCCCAUGACCAUGCAUAGCUCUUCAUUUGAGACUGUCUGAACCUACUGUGUUGAGUUGUUAAGAGUAUCUUCCCCUGGAACUCAGAAGUCAUCUUUGUAACAGGAGAAAUUGGGGAAAUUCUCUACUAACACAUAGGUCCAGACAGCAACAGAGUGUAGCACUGCUUCAUUCUACCCAUCUAGCUUCAGGCAGAAAUAAGGGAGGCAAAAGGAGAAGGAAAAACAGGAAAAUGAAAUCUACAUAGGGUAGAGCAGUUGAUUCUGAUCUCCAGUUGCUUUCACUAUCACUCAUGGCUGCCUGUCUCCUUGGUAAACAUCACAUUUAACUUCUUGUGGCCACCACCCACACAUACACUCUUGUAACUGAGAACUCUUGAGACAAGAAGACUGGGAAGUUGCUGGGGGUUAUGGGUUGGAGAGAACCCCAGACUUUACGUACAUAGCAUCUCGUUUGACCUUGAAUACUUAUGAACAUGCUUAUUGUUUUAUGAAUAUUAAAUUAUUAUUUAUAUACAUGAGUAUGAGAUGCCCAUUGGAACAUGUCUGUCUAGCAUUUACUUAUCUUAAGUGAUGUUAAAAUGGUUCCUCAUGGUCCCCAAUUCAGUGGCACCUGUGAGAUAUUACUUCUGUGGACCAUUGUAUCCAGAUCUGGGGUCUUGACCUCUUGGGCCCUCUUCAUGCACAUAAAUGAUAUGUAGCUGAAUGUCCCAGGUAAUCAGUAGCAUGGCAUGCUGAUGGGUAAUGGACAUUUUGAUGAGGGCCAGACAUGUUCAUUCUUCAUUUGGGAAGGCUGGUGCAUCAACACACAACUGUUAUUUAGACCUUUCAUCUCUUUAGGAUCAUCAACAAAGCCUUAAGAAGUUGAAGAGAAAGAGAAAGAUAGAGCCUUAAUCCUUGGCAGUCGAUUUAGGGUACAUGAAAUAUAUAGCGAGUGAUACCGACCUAUAUUCAUCCAUGUAAAUCUAGUCUCUUUGGGGGAUACCUUAGUCCACUUGGAAGAGAUAGCCCCAGUGUGUCCCCAGAACAACCAUAAAACCUGCAACGUUGAUAUGCUCAGGAAAAAUCUUUCAUGGUGACAGGAAGGUAGUUUCUCUGGGACUGACCAUCAAGGCCUUGGGAACAGUUUUGGGUGCAUGGUGGGUAACUUGUGCAGAGAUGAUGAGUUAAGGUUCUAGUGAGUAACGAAAGCUGGUGUGGACUGUCUCAGCUGGGCUGUGCAAAUAACCAGAGAAUGUACUGACUUUCAUGAGCAGGAAGAAGUCAUACCUGGGAAGGAAUGACCUUUUGAUGGUAAAGCUAUUCUGUAAUUCUAUUUUGAUUCUAUUUUCCAUUCCACGAUCUAGUUGUAUUAGAAAAACUUGACAAAAGGGAUGUUCCCAGUUUACAAAAAGUCAAUCACACCUCCAGAGUGAAUUCAGCCCCACAACAGUGCACAUGCAGCUUUUAUAAUGUCUUAAUUUUUCACAUCAGUGUGAUGUUACAUGGGAUGUAUGAGUCUGUCUGUUGCUGGGACAUUCCAAUCCAUGUGUUCAAAAGAGCCAUAGAAUCAAUUAUUUAAUAGUUCCUAUUUCAGAAUUAUGUGACACUCUGUUUGAAACAAGAAUUGAGACAUAAAUAAAAGUGGAGUUUUAUAAAAAUCGGCAAAGGACACUUUCCUGUGAAAGGGUUGUUAAGAAUAAAUAUUGGAAGCCUAAUAUUGGCUUUUCAUUUAGUAUAUAUUACUGAAUCAUAAGGAAUCUACUAGCAAGUGUUUGCAGUUUUCUUACACAGUUUCAUUGGAGAUACAUGUGUCAAUAUUAAAGGUGAGACAUCUAGUACUUUCACUUGUUUCAUGGAUACAUGUUUUAAAAAACAUCUCUGUGAUAUAAUGACCACUAGAUGUCACUGUUCAUCUAAUGGUCUAAGAUUAGGAGUUCUUCAGGUUCAGCCUUCUGAAAUAUUUGAAGGGAAGAUAAAACAUUAAUGACCUUAGUUUUUGAAAUGAGGGCAUCUUCAUCAAGAUUAUUCAUCUGCAAAAAAAGCUUGAGGCAAAUGUAAUAUUGAUUUCUAAUGUUUUGUAAGUGAUAACAGCAUCACAGAAUGUCAAGCUAAAGUUGAAAAUAUUAGGUAAAUACAUUUACAUAUUUUCUUUUUCAUAAUUAUUGGUGAAUAGCCAUUGCGCUUCUCAUUUUCCAAAAUUUGUAUGAGUAUUAAUAGAAAAUGCCUAAAGUACUAAAGCUAUGUUGGCUAUUUAUGUCUUAACACACUAUUUUAUUGUUAUUGCAAAUACUUUUGAAUAUCAAAUACUUGUAAAUUGCUUGCUUAAUUUUUAGUAAUUACUGUUAUUGACACCAGAGUUCUAAAUCUUGGUGUUGUUGAAUGUCAUAAAGAGAUCAAGAUGCUCUUCUGCUUAAGAUUAAUAAAAGUAAUUGGAAAAUAAAUAUGAACUCUAAG